UCUGCUGCUGAUCAACUGGUUUAAACAGUCAACUGGUUUUAAAACCAAACUUUGUUCCUUUUAACCACAGAAGUUCUGUCGGUGAUGAAGAAGGACGAUCAGAGUCUGAUGGCAGCUCUGUCUGAGAACGUGUUGACAGUCAACAUGUUACUGAUUGUCUUCUUCCUUCCAGGUGUUUUGGCUGAUUGUGGUGAUAGAAAACCAACUCUGUUCAUCACUACACCAAAGAAGAUUGAAGCACUGAAUGGAUCUUGUUUGCACAUCACAUGUAGCUUUAAUACAAAAGAAACAACAUUUAACAGCAGCAGAACUAUUUAUGGUAUCUGGAUGAAACAAAACCUAAAUUUUAAUCACAAUCCAAGCCUUGUUAUUUUCAACAGCAGUGGGUCAGUUAACACCUAUUCUCUGAAUAUUGCUGGACACCUCAGAGAAGGAAACUGCACCACUCUGUUUCCUGAUUUAAAAACCAGUUAUACAGACAAAUACUUCUUCAGAGUUGAGAACGGGCCGUUCAGAGCAACAGCUUGUGCCGAUCCUCUUCAGAUAACAGUUAAAGAUUCUCCUUGGAGUCCCAGCAUUAACAUCUCUGGUGGUGAUCUGAAGGAGCAUCAGUCUGUCACUAUAACCUGCUCAGCUUUGACUCCCUGUCCACACUCACCUCCUGAACUCACCUGGAAUCUCCAACAAGACUCUCACAGACAAACAGAGAAAAACACAGAUGGAACCUUUACAACUAAAAUCCAGGAGAACAUCACUCUGUCAGACACACAUGAUGGAUACAUCAGAUGUUCUGCCAGAUAUCCUGUGAAUGGAGGAAACAAGACAGCAGAGACAGCAGUGACUCUCAGUGUUUCAUAUGCUCCUAGAAACACCUCAGCAUCCAUCCGUCCAUCAGGUUUGGUGUCAGCAGGUAGCUGGGUGGAGCUGAACUGCUCCAGCAGAGCCAAGCCUCCUGCCAGCUUCACCUGGUUCAGGAACAGCAAACAUGGAGCCAUUAAUGUAUCUGUGGGGCAGGUUUACAGCUUCAGUGUUACUGAGGGAGGAGAGUUUUACUGUGUGGCUACAAAUGAUCUGGGUAAUGAGACGUCAUCAAGGAUCUUUGUUGGUGUUAAAGGUGUUUUUGCUGAUUGUGGUGAUAGAACACCAACUUUGUUCAUCACUACACCAAAGGAGAUUGAAGCACUGAAUGGAUCUUGUUUGCACAUCCCAUGUAGCUUUAAUACAAAAGAAACAACAUUUAACAGCAGCAGAACUAUUUAUGGUAUCUGGAUGAAACAUAAAGCAAGGUUUGGCAAUCCAGCUUCUUCUAUUUUCAACAGCAGUGGGUCAGUUAACACCUAUUCUCUGAAUAUUACUGGAAACCUCAGAGAGGGAAACUGCACCACUCUGUUUCCUGAUUUAAAAACCAGUUAUACAGACAAAUACUUCUUCAGAGUUGAGAACGGGCCGUUCAGAGCAACAGCUUGUGCCGAUCCUCUUCAGAUAACAGUUAAAGAUUCUCCUUGGAGUCCCAGCAUUAACAUCUCUGGUGUUGAUCUGAAGGAGCAUCAGUCUGUCACUAUAACCUGCUCAGCUUUGACUCCCUGUCCACACUCACCUCCUGAACUCACCUGGAAUCUCCAACAAGACUCUCACAGACAAACAGAGAAAAACACAGAUGGAACCUUUACAACUAAAAUCCAGGAGAACAUCACUCUGUCAGACACACAUGAUGGAUACAUCAGAUGUUCUGCCAGAUAUCCUGUGAAUGGAGGAAACAAGACAGCAGAGACAGCAGUGACUCUCAGUGUUUCAUAUGCUCCUAGAAACACCUCAGCAUCCAUCCGUCCAUCAGGUUUGGUGUCACCAGGAAGCUGGGUGGAGCUGAACUGCUCCAGCAGAGCCAAGCCUCCUGCCAGCUUCACCUGGUUCAGGAACAGCAAACAUGGAGCCAUUAAUGUAUCUGUGGGUCAGAUUUACAGCUUCAAUGUUACUGAGGGAGGAGAGUUUUACUGUGUGGCUACAAAUGAUCUGGGUAAUGAGACGUCAUCAAGGAUCUUUGUGGGUGUUAAAGGUGUUUUUGCUGAUUGUGGUGAUAGAACACCAACUUUGUUCAUCACUACACCAAAGGAAAUUGAAGCACUGAAUGGAUCUUGUUUGCACAUCCCAUGUAGCUUUAAUACAAAAGAAACAACAUUUAACAGCAGCAGAACUAUUUAUGGUAUCUGGAUGAAACAUAAAGCAAGGUUUGGCAAUCCAGCUUCUUCUAUUUUCAACAGCAGUGGGUCAGUUAACACCUAUUCUCUGAAUAUUACUGGAAACCUCAGAGAGGGAAACUGCACCACUCUGUUUCCUGAUUUAAAAACCAGUUAUACAGACAAAUACUUCUUCAGAGUUGAGAACGGGCCGUUCAGAGCAACAGCUUGUGCCGAUCCUCUUCAGAUAACAGUUAAAGAUUCUCCUUGGAGUCCCAGCAUUAACAUCUCUGGUGGUGAUCUGAAGGAGCAUCAGUCUGUCACUAUAACCUGCUCAGCUUUGACUCCCUGUCCACACUCACCUCCUGAACUCACCUGGAAUCUCCAACAAGACUCUCACAGACAAACAGAGAAAAACACAGAUGGAACCUUUACAACUAAAAUCCAGGAGAACAUCACUCUGUCAGACACACAUGAUGGAUACAUCAGAUGUUCUGCCAGAUAUCCUGUGAAUGGAGGAAACAAGACAGCAGAGACAGCAGUGACUCUCAGUGUUUCAUAUGCUCCUAGAAACACCUCAGCAUCCAUCAGUCCAUCAGGUUUGGUGUCAGCAGGUAGCUGGGUGGAGCUGAACUGCUCCAGCAGAGCCAAGCCUCCUGCCAGCUUCACCUGGUUCAGGAACAGCAAACAUGGAGCCAUUAAUGUAUCUGUGGGGCAGGUUUACAGCUUCAGUGUCACUGAGGGAGGAGAGUUUUACUGUGUGGCUACAAAUGAUCUGGGUAAUGAGACGUCAUCAAGGAUCUUUGUUGGUGUUAAAGGUGUUUUUGCUGAUUGUGGUGAUAAAAAACCAGCUCUGUUCAUCACUACACCAAAGGAGAUUGAAGCACUGAAUGGAUCUUGUUUGCACAUCCCAUGUAGCUUUAAUACAAAAGAAACAACAUUUAACAACAGCAGAACUAUUUAUGGUAUGUGGAUGAAACAUAAAGCAUGGUUUGGCAAUCCAGCGUUUUCUAUUUUCAACAGCAGUGGGUCAGUUAACACCUAUUCUCUGAAUAUUACUGGAAACCUCAGAGAGGGAAACUGCACCACUCUGUUUCCUGAUUUAAAAACCAGUUAUACAGACAAAUACUUCUUCAGAGUUGAGAACGGGCCGUUCAGAGCAACAGCUUGUGCUGAUCCUCUUCAGAUAACAGUUAAAGAUUCUCCUUGGAGUCCCAGCAUUAAGAUCUCAGGUGUUGAUCUGAAGGAGCAUCAGUCUGUCACUAUAACCUGCUCAGCUUUAACUCCCUGUCCACACUCACCUCCUGAACUCACCUGGAAUCUCCAACAAGACUCUCACAGACAAACAGAGAAAAACACAGAUGGAACCUUUACAACUAAAAUCCAGGAGAACAUCAUUCUGUCAGACACACAUGAUGGAUACAUCAGAUGUUCUGCCAGAUAUCCUGUGAAUGGAGGAAACAAGACAGCAGAGACAGCAGUGGCUCUCAGUGUUUCAUAUGCUCCUAAAGACACCUCAGCAUCCAUCCGUCCAUCAGGUUUGGUGUCAGCAGGUAGCUGGGUGGAGCUGAACUGCUCCAGCAGAGCCAAGCCUCCUGCCAGCUUCACCUGGUUCAGGAACAGCAAACAUGGAGCCAUUAAUGUAUCUGUGGGGCAGAUUUACAGCUUCAGUGUCACUGAGGGAGGAGAGUUUUACUGUGUGGCUACAAAUGAUCUGGGUAAUGAGACGUCAUCAAGGAUCUGUGUUGGUGUUAAAGAUUCUCCUUGGAGUCCCAGCAUUAACAUCUCUGGUGGUGAUCUGAAGGAGCAUCAGUCUGUCACUAUAACCUGCUCAGCUUUGACUUCCUGUCCACACUCACCUCCUGAACUCACCUGGAAUCUCCAACAAGACUCUCACAGACAAACAGAGAAAAACACAGAUGGAACCUUUACAACUAAAAUCCAGGAGAACAUCACUCUGUCAGACACACAUGAUGGAUACAUCAGAUGUUCUGCCAGAUAUCCUGUGAAUGGAGGAAACAAGACAGCAGAGACAGCAGUGACUCUCAGUGUUUCAUAUGCUCCUAGAAACACCUCAGCAUCCAUCAGUCCAUCAGGUUUGGUGUCAGCAGGUAGCUGGGUGGAGCUGAACUGCUCCAGCAGAGCCAAGCCUCCUGCCAGCUUCACCUGGUUCAGGAACAGCAAACAUGGAGACAUUAAUGUAUCUGUGGGUCAGGUUUACAGCUUCAGUGUCACUGAGGGAGGAGAGUUUUACUGUGUGGCUACAAAUGAUCUGGGUAAUGAGACGUCAUCAAGGAUCUUUGUUGGUGUUAAAGGUGUUUUUGCUGAUUGUGGUGAUAAAAAACCAGCUCUGUUCAUCACUACACCAAAGGAGAUUGAAGCACUGAAUGGAUCUUGUUUGCACAUCCCAUGUAGCUUUAAUACAAAAGAAACAACAUUUAACAGCAGCAGAACUAUUUAUGGUAUGUGGAUGAAACAUAAAGCAUGGUUUGGCAAUCCAGCUUCUUCUAUUUUCAACAGCAGUGGGUCAGUUAACACCUAUUCUCUGAAUAUUACUGGAAACCUCAGAGAGGGAAACUGCACCACUCUGUUUCCUGAUUUAAAAACCAGUUAUACAGACAAAUACUUCUUCAGAGUUGAGAACGGGCCGUUCAGAGCAACAGCUUGUGCUGAUCCUCUUCAGAUAACAGUUAAAGAUUCUCCUUGGAGUCCCAGCAUUAACAUCUCUGGUGGUGAUCUGAAGGAGCAUCAGUCUGUCACUAUAACCUGCUCAGCUUUAACUCCCUGUCCACACUCACCUCCUGAACUCACCUGGAAUCUCCAACAAGACUCUCACAGACAAUCAGAGAAAAACACAGAUGGAACCUUUACAACUAAAAUCCAGGAGAACAUCACUCUGUCAGACACACAUGAUGGAUACAUCAGAUGUUCUGCCAGAUAUCCUGUGAAUGGAGGAAACAAGACAGCAGAGACAGCAGUGACUCUCAGUGUUUCAUAUGCUCCUAGAAACACCUCGGCAUCCAUCAGUCCAUCAGGUUUGGUGUCAGCAGGUAGCUGGGUGGAGCUGAACUGCUCCAGCAGAGCCAAGCCUCCUGCCAGCUUCACCUGGUUCAGGAACAGCAAACAUGGAGCCAUUAAUGUAUCUUUGGGGCAGGUUUACAGCUUCAGUGUUUCUGAGGGAGGAGAGUUUUACUGUGUGGCUACAAAUGAUCUGGGUAAUGAGACGUCAUCAAGGAUCUGUGUUGGUGUUAAAGGUGUUUUGGCCGAUUGUGGUGAUAAAAAACCAGCUCUGUUCAUCACUACACCAAAGGAGAUUGAAGCACUGAAUGGAUCUUGUUUGCACAUCCCAUGUAGCUUUAAUACAAAAGAAAAAUCAUUUAACAGCAGGAGAACUAUUUAUGGUAUCUGGAUGAAACAUAAAGCAUGGUUUGGCAAUCCAGCUUCUUCUAUUUUCAACAGCAGUGGGUCAGUUAACACCUAUUCUCUGAAUAUUACUGGAAACCUCAGAGAGGGAAACUGCACCACUCUGUUUCCUGAUUUAAAAACCAGUUAUACAGACAAAUACUUCUUCAGAGUUGAGAACGGGCCGUUCAGAGCAACAGCUUGUGCUGAUCCUCUUCAGAUAACAGUUAAAGAUUCUCCUUGGAGUCCCAGCAUUAACAUCUCUGGUGGUGAUCUGAAGGAGCAUCAGUCUGUCACUAUAACCUGCUCAGCUUUGACUCCCUGUCCACACUCACCUCCUGAACUCACCUGGAAUCUCCAACAAGACUCUCACAGACAAACAGAGAAAAACACAGAUGGAACCUUUACAACUAAAAUCCAGGAGAACAUCACUCUGACAGACACACAUGAUGGAUACAUCAGAUGUUCUGCCAGAUAUCCUGUGAAUGGAGGAAACAAGACAGCAGAGACAGCAGUGACUCUCAGUGUUUCAUAUGCACCUAGAAAUACUUCAGCAUCCAUCCGUCCAUCAGGUUUGGUGUCAGCAGGUAGCUGGGUGGAGCUGAACUGCUACAGCAGAGCCAAGCCUCCUGCCAGCUUCACCUGGUUCAGGAACAGCAAACAUGGAGCCAUUAAUGUAUCUGUGGGGCAGGUUUACAGAUUCAGUGUCACUGAGGGAGGAGAGUUUUACUGUGUGGCUACAAAUGAUCUGGGUAAUGAGACGUCAUCAAGGAUCUUUGUUGGUGUUAAAGGUGUUUCGGCCGAUUGUGGUUAUAAAAAACCAGCUCUGUUCAUCACUACACCAAAGGAGAUUGAAGCACUGAAUGGAUCUUGUUUGCACAUCCCAUGUAGCUUUAAUACAAAAGAAAAAUCAUUUAACAGCAGGAGAACUAUUUAUGGUAUCUGGAUGAAACAUAAAGCAUGGUUUGGCAAUCCAGCUUCUUCUAUUUUCAACAGCAGUGGGUCAGUUAACACCUAUUCUCUGAAUAUUACUGGAAACCUCAGAGAGGGAAACUGCACCACUCUGUUUCCUGAUUUAAAAACCAGUUAUACAGACAGAUACUUCUUCAGAGUUGAGAACGGGCCGUUCAGAGCAACAGCUUGUGCUGAUCCUCUUCAGAUAACAGUUAAAGAUUCUCCUUGGAGUCCCAGCAUUAACAUCUCUGGUGGUGAUCUGAAGGAGCAUCAGUCUGUCACUAUAACCUGCUCAGCUUUGACUCCCUGUCCACACUCACCUCCUGAACUCACCUGGAAUCUCCAACAAGACUCUCACAGACAAACAGAGAAAAACACAGAUGGAACCUUUACAACUAAAAUCCAGGAGAACAUCACUCUGUCAGACACACAUGAUGGAUACAUCAGAUGUUCUGCCAGAUAUCCUGUGAAUGGAGGAAACAAGACAGCAGAGACAGCAGUGACUCUCAGUGUUUCAUAUGCACCUAGAAACACCUCAGCAUCCAUCCGUCCAUCAGGUUUGGUGUCACCAGGUAGCUGGGUGGAGCUGAGCUGCUCCAGCAGAGCCAAGCCUCCUGCCAGCUUCACCUGGUUCAGGAACAGCAAACAUGGAGCCAUUAAUGUAUCUGUGGGGCAGGUUUACAGCUUCAGUGUUACUGAGGGAGGAGAGUUUUACUGUGUGGCUACAAAUGAUCUGGGUAAUGAGACGUCAUCAAGGAUCUUUGUUGGUGUUAAAGGUGUUUUGGCUGAUUGUGGUGAUAAAAAACCAGCUCUGUUCAUCACUACACCAAAGGAGAUUGAAGCACUGAAUGGAUCUUGUUUGCACAUCCCAUGUAGCUUUAAUACAAAAGAAAAAUCAUUUAACAGCAGAACUAUUUAUGGUAUCUGGAUGAAACAUAAAGCAUGGUUUGGCAAUCCAGCUUCUUCUAUUUUCAACAGCAGUGGGUCAGUUAACACCUAUUCUCUGAAUAUUACUGGAAACCUCAGAGAGGGAAACUGCACCACUCUGUUUCCUGAUUUAAAAACCAGUUAUACAGACAGAUACUUCUUCAGAGUUGAGAACGGGCCGUUCAGAGCAACAGCUUGUGCUGAUCCUCUUCAGAUAACAGUUAAAGAUUCUCCUUGGAGUCCCAGCAUUAGCAUCUCUGGUGGUGAUCUGAAGGAGCAUCAGUCUGUCACUAUAACCUGCUCAGCUUUGACUCCCUGUCCACACUCACCUCCUGAACUCACCUGGAAUCUCCAACAAGACUCUCACAGACAAACAGAGAAAAACACAGAUGGAACCUUUACAACUAAAAUCCAGGAGAACAUCACUCUGUCAGACACACAUGAUGGAUACAACAUCAGAUGUUCUGCCAGAUAUCCUGUAAAUGGAGGAAACAAGACAGCAGAGACAGCAGUGACUCUCAGUGUUUCAUAUGCUCCUAGAAACACCUCAGCAUCCAUCAGUCCAUCAGGUUUGGUGUCAGCAGGUAGCUGGGUGGAGCUGAACUGCUCCAGCAGAGCCAAGCCUCCUGCCAGCUUCACCUGGUUCAGGAACAGCAAACAUGGAGCCAUUAAUGUAUCUGUGGGGCAGGUUUACAGCUUCAGUGUUACUGAGGGAGGAGAGUUUUACUGUGUGGCUACAAAUGAUCUGGGUCAUCAGACGUCAUCAAGGAUCUGUGUUGGUGUUAAAGAUUCUCCUUGGAGUCCCAGCAUUAACAUCUCUGGUGGUGAUCUGAAGGAGCAUCAGUCUGUCACUAUAACCUGCUCAGCUUUGACUCCCUGUCCACACUCACCUCCUGAACUCACCUGGAAUCUCCAACAAGACUCUCACAGACAAACAGAGAAAAACACAGAUGGAACCUUUACAACUAAAAUCCAGGAGAACAUCACUCUGUUAGACACACAUGAUGGAUACAACAUCAGAUGUUCUGCCAGAUAUCCUGUGAAUGGAGGAAACAAGACAGCAGAGACAGCAGUGACUCUCAGUGUUUCAUAUGCUCCUAGAAAAACCUCAGCAUCCAUCCGUCCAUCAGGUUUGGUGUCAGCAGGUAGCUGGGUGAAGCUGAGCUGCUCCAGCAGAGCCAAGCCUCCUGCCAGCUUCACCUGGUUCAGGAAAAGCAAACAUGGAGCCAUUAAUGUAUCUGUGGGGCGGGUUUACAGAUUCAGUGUCACUGAGGGAGGAGAGUUUUACUGUGUGGCUACAAAUGAUCUGGGUCAUCAGACGUCAUCAAGGAUCUUUGUUAGAGUUAAAGGUGUUUUGGCUGAUUGUGGUUAUAGAAAACCAGCUCUGUCCAUCACUACACCAAAGGAGAUUGAAGCACUGAAUGGAUCUUGUUUGCACAUCCCAUGUAGUUUUAAUACAAAGAAAUCAACAUUUAACCGUAGGAGAACUAUUUAUGGCAUCUGGAUGAAACAUAAAGCAAGUUUUGGCAGACCAGCUUCUUCUAUUUUCAACAGCAGUGGGUCAGUUAACACCUAUUCUCUGAAUAUUACUGGAAAUCUCAGAGAGGGAAACUGCACCACUCUGUUUCCUGAUUUAAAAACCAGUUAUACAGACAAAUACUUCUUCAGAGUUGAGAACGGGCCGUUCAGAGCAACAGCUUGUGCUGAUCCUCUUCAGAUAACAGUUAAAGAUUCUCCUUGGAGUCCCAGCAUUAACAUCUCUGGUGGUGAUCUGAAGGAGCAUCAGUCUGUCACUAUAACCUGCUCAGCUUUGACUCCCUGUCCACACUCACCUCCUGAACUCACCUGGAAUCUCCAACAAGACUCUCACAGACAAACAGAGAAAAACACAGAUGGAACCUUUACAACUAAAAUCCAGGAGAACAUCACUCUGUCAGACACACAUGAUGGAUACAUCAGAUGUUCUGCCAGAUAUCCUGUGAAUGGAGGAAACAAGACAGCAGAGACAGCAGUGGCUCUCAGUGUUUCAUAUGCUCCUAGAAACACCUCAGCAUCCAUCAGUCCAUCAGGUUUGGUGUCAGCAGGUAGCUGGGUGGAGCUGAACUGCUCCAGCAGAGCCAAGCCUCAUGCCAGCUUCACCUGGUUCAGGAACAGCAAACAUGGAGACAUUAAUGUAUCUGUGGGUCAGAUUUACAGCUUCAGUGUUACUGAGGGAGGAGAGUUUUACUGUGUGGCUACAAAUGAUCUGGGUAAUGAGACGUCAUCAAGGAUCUGUGUUGGUGUUAAAGAUUCUCCUUGGAGUCCCAGCAUUAACAUCUCUGGCGGUGAUCUGAAGGAGCAUCAGUCUGUCACUAUAACCUGCUCAGCUUUGACUCCCUGUCCACACUCACCUCCUGAACUCACCUGGAAUCUCCAACAAGACUCUCACAGACAAACAGAGAAAAACACAGAUGGAACCUUUACAACUAAAAUCCAGGAGAACAUCACUCUGUCAGACACACAUGAUGGAUACAACAUCAGAUGUUCUGCCAGAUAUUCUUUGAAUGGAGGAAACAAGACAGCAGAGACAGCAGUGACUCUCAGUGUUUCAUAUGCUCCUAAAGACACCUCAGCAUCCAUCAGUCCAUCAGGUUUGGUGUCAGCAGGUAGCUGGGAGGAGCUGAACUGCUCCAGCAGAGCCAAGCCUCCUGCCAGCUUCACCUGGUUGAGGAACAGCAAACAUGGAGGCAUUAAUAUAUCUGUGGGGCAGGUUUACAGCUUCAAUGUUACUGAGGGAGGAGAGUUUUACUGUGUGGCUACAAAUGAUCUGGGUAAUCAGACGUCAUCAGUGAUCUUUGUUGGUGUUAAAGAUUCUCCUUCGAGUCCCAGCAUUAAGAUCUCUGGUGGUGAUCUGAAGGAGCAUCAGUCUGUCACUAUAACCUGCUCAGCUUUGACUCUCUGUCCACACUCACCUCCUGAACUCACCUGGAAUCUCCAACAAGACUCUCACAGACAAACAGAGAAAAACACAGAUGGAACCUUUACAACUAAAAUCCAGGAGAACAUCACUCUGUCAGACACACAUGAUGGAUACAACAUCAGAUGUUCAGCCCUAUAUCCUGUGAAUGGAGGAAACAAGACAGCAGAGACAGCAGUGACUCUCAGUGUUUCAUAUGCUCCUAGAAACACCUCAGCAUCCAUCAGUCCAUCAGGUUUGGUGUCAGCAGGUAGCUGGGUGGAGCUGAACUGCUCCAGCAGAGCCAAGCCUCCUGCCAACUUCACCUGGUUCAGGAACAGCAAACAUGGAGCCAUUAAUGUAUCUGUGGGGCAGAUUUACAGCUUCAGUGUCACUGAGGGAGGAGAGUUUUACUGUGUGGCUACAAAUGAUCUGGGUAAUCAGACGUCAUCAGUGAUCCUACUUAAUACACAGGGAUUUCCUGCCUUUGUUGCAAUCGUAGUUGGAGUCAUUUUGUUCACCUUCCUGAUUUUGUUCUGUUUCGUGAGUAUCAUUAUAUAUUUAAAACAAUAAACUUCAUUUAAGGAAUAAAAA